GUGGUAGUUUUUAAGAUACCUACUGUGCUAUUUGCAAAAUCGAACUUCUGUUUUUUGCUGUGAUACCUACUCGAGAAUCGUAGAAACGUAAAGAUGAUUACCCCAUUGACUCGCAUCUCAAACAAAUUGGGCAGAAAUGUGGUAACGAAUUUCGUGAGAAACCAUUCUAACGGCGGUAUUCCUGGCGAGAAUCUACCCUUCGACAUUCACAACCGUUACAAGCUGACAUUGUAUUUCAUCCUAUAUGCGGGCUCUGGACUAUCAGCACCCUAUCUCAUCACCCGUCACCAGCUUUUGAAGAAGUAAUUCAAGCUGCAGAGAUCCUUUGCUUGUUUUAGGUUUAAGCUAGUAAAAAACUGUACACUAUGAAUCAUUAUGGAUGAGUAAAAUAAACUAUAUGUUAUAGAAU